AUGGAGUUUUACGACGAAGACAAACCAAGAUUCGUCUUCCAGUCACGUCCUUCCUCUUCUCGCAAAACGGAAGUCGACGACGACGAUCCCAAAACCCCUAACAAGAUCUCCAUCUCAAUCUCCUUUUUGAAGAAUAGGAAAGCUUCUUUGGAUCCUAGAUUGGCUGAAGAAGAAGAAGAAGAUGCUGGAGGUGAUGGCGAGGGUUGGAGUAAUGGAGAAGACAUUGCAUUGCUUAAUGCUCUUAAGGCUUUUCCGAAGGAGGCAGCUAUGAGAUGGGAGAAGGUUGCAGCUGCUGUGCCUGGGAAGACGAAGGCGGCUUGUAUGAAGAGAGUUACUCAGCUUAAGAAAGGGUUUAGGAGCUCCAAGUCUGGUGCUAAUUAG